AUGGCUCGUCCGCUGCUCGAGUUUGUCAAUGUCGCUCCCUUUCCCGGUGACAAAGCUCAGACCGCGCUCAUCCGCCGGCAGGUUAGGUCACAUGCUGCCUUCACAUCACAUGCCACCAGAGCUGCAGCUGCAGGAAGCGAUACAGAAGGCCUCGGCCCUCAUGCGUUGCAGAAGCCAGGUCACAGAAAAAGGCGCCGGCAUCUGACCUGGACGUUCGAGAUCCGACAGGACGAAGAAGUCGACGAACAAGAACAAGAGAGCGUACCAAGAGACCUAGCCCAUCAGAGCAGUGACAGUGCCCUGCUCACCUCCCUCUCAGGAGCCCCCAUGAUUCCUGCAUCCACAAGUCCGGUCUAUCAUCAGCCUUUCGUUUCGGUGGUUCUCCACAACUAUCUUCAACAUCUUGCUGUUGCCAUUCCGGAAAUCGACGGCGAGGGACGGCCGGCUUUGCUGAGGACACGUUGGUUUCCCAUGGUUAUCAACUCCCCCGUUAUCUUCCAGGUGAUCGUGCUGUUCUCAGCCUCCCACUACGCAGCGCAACGGCAAGAUAUGGCCUUUGCCCCAACCAUCCUAUCACUCAAACAGUGCGCCCUCAGGGGGAUCAUGCAGUCUCUAUCGGCUUCGAAGGGUCUGGCCCGUGAUGAACUUAUUGCUGCAACCGCGAAGAUGGCCAGUUACGAGGCAAUCUGGGGCGAGGAGCAGGCCUACCAUUGCCAUAUGAGAGGUGUGGAAGAGAUGCUUCGAGGACGUGGCGGUCUUCAAACUCUCGGACUGGACGGCUUCCUCUCGCGACUACUGAUUUUCAUUGACACCAAUUCCGCUUUCCUUCUCAACACACAUUUGCACCUUCAGGAUUCGUCAUUCCCGCGAUUGGAACCGUUUAUUCUGCCCAACCUAAGCCGUUUCAUCGGGGAAGUCGAAUAA